CACAUUCAUUUUGUGUCUAACAUUUGGUCACUCUAGAAAUGGCAGGCAAUCGCGGGUGUUUGCCAUAAUCAACUACAACCUGCGUCCCGAAAUCCGAAUGAAGGAAGAAAAUCUGAUCAAGGUUGGGAUCACUCCCGGGCUGUCCUCUCCAAAAGACUUGGAAUCCUUCCUGGAGCCUUUAUAUGAAGAACUAAGUCAGCUCGAGAGAGGAGUCGAGUCCGUUAUUCUCCGCCUGGAUGGUGUCUAUGAAAAGUUCACCCUGAACGCCCAUGUCAUAUGUUGCACCGGGGAUCUUCCAGCGAUCGCCAAGAUAUCUAUGAUGUCGGGACAUACUGCAAAGAGUGGCUGCCGAUUCUGUCACAUAAAAGGCAGGUACUGUCGAGGUAUUUACUAUUACGAGGAAACGCUUCCAUCGCGGAGAACAAAGCGAAGUUUCAAACGGACCUGGAGCCGACUCAGCCGAGCAAACUCAAAGAAGCGCAAAGAAAUCAUCACUACCACAGCUACAUCAUGGUUUCCAUCUGGAUUGGUGAGACGACAAUUCCCAAGGCGUCGACACUCAACCAAGUAGAUAUGAAGGCCAAGCUCCAGCACGCGGACCGAUUGAUGGGAAAUAUUGAUAUCCCGACUGGGUUUGGUCCCAUGCCUCGACCCAUUUUCAGCGACUGGAAGACCUACAAGACCGAGGAAUGGCAAAAUUGGAUAAUAGCCUACUCCAUGCCCUUGCUACACAGUGUCGGAGUCCCCGAAGUACAUAUUCAGGGGUGGGGCUAUUUUGUCGACGCAGUCAGACUCCUGCUGCUGAAAAGCCUCGAUCAAAACCAAAGAACCAUGAUUUCUAUUCUCUUGACAAAAUUUUACAAGUACUACACCAGAACGCUGGCUUGCUUGCCUGAGUCCCUCAGUCCGGCGUCUCCGGGGAGUGAAGCCGACAACUCAGGACUGAAGCUCAUGAAAAUGUAUAUCCAUCUUCUUCUUCACAUUCCGCUUUGUAUUCAGUAUUUCGGGCCAAUGUACAGCUACUGGCAGUUUCCGAUGGAGCGACUUGGAGGAUCGAUCAUGCGAUCGAUCAAGUCCCGAUCGAAACCCAUUGAAAAUCUGGCUCGCCAACAGAUAGUCCGGGAGGCGCUCAGAGGAAUCGAAAAAUUCAACACAAAACGACCCUACUUUGCUGUAAAAUCUGUGGCCCUUCAGUUGACGAAAAGGCACGAGCAAAGGGAGUCAUCCGAGGCAGCCUCCCAGAACGGAGCCCCAAAGCACUCUUUGACGGGAAGAAAGGAGAUCAGCAGAUUGAGUGAAACGGAAAUGUGUAAACUGAAAGCGGCGUAUCUGAAAACCCUUAUCUGGGGCUCGGGCCCUACGCCUUUGAGCUCACUGGAAAGUUUCAAUGACUCAUGGAUUGCAGCCUCCCCAACCAUCACUAUCUAUCACACAUUCCAGCACAAUACUAUGGAGAUGCAUAGGUUUUGUCACGAUCGCCCAAAUGGUCGUCGCAGUAACUGCUGGGUGAAGGUCUUAUUCAGUUCUCCGCAGACCACUCGAGAAGGCCAAAUUCAUCCCCUUAGAUAUUAUCGAGUGGCCUUUUUCUUCACCCAUACCUUUUGCGGGAUAACUUCGUAUUGGGUGUGUUGCGCUGUUCCCAAAUCUGUCCCCGCGAAUCGUGGAUACGAUCGGCAUCCAGUGGCCAGAACAUUCCGCUUCGAUGGAUUUGACGCCACCCAAGCCAAGCGGAUAUUUAUUCCUCUUCACGAGAUUGACUCAGCAGUCGGCGUUCUCUGUGUUGGCGAAGGUAGGCGUGGGUGACCCUAUACUGCGCAUUUCGGAGCAAAUGGCGUCUCCUCCCUAACUCUAUCAUCAUG